CUGGGAGGGGGCUGGUGCGGCUCAGCUGGCUGCAGGGACUGUGGGGCGGCAAGCAGCCGGGGCGCCCCAGCGGACUCCUUGCUUGGCCCCUUGCCUUCCCACGCCCAGGCACCCAGCCAGACUGGGGUGCCGCCCGAGCCCCUGACGAGAUCCCCGCCUGCCGCAGCUCUGACUCCUGAGCCUAGGGAAGGGAAGGGAGCUGCAGGCCGCAUGGGUUAACGUUGAAGCAGCUGCUGUGGGAGGAGGCGGGAGACCGUGGACUGGUCGGGGCACGUGGUGCUCCAGGCCUGCGGCGUUUGUGCCAGGCUCAGUGGGAGGAGAGGCGGCUUCUGCAGAUGUGCCCGGCCUGCUUGGAGAGUCCCCUCUGAGCCUCUUACCCACUCCCCGUCGGGACUCCUGGAAGAGGAGCACCAUCCAGGACCCAAGCUCCUGGGGCCUGAGUGCCCAUGGCCUCACUGAGCCGAGCCCUGCAUGUGGCCGCCAACUGCCCUCCAUGGAGACCAGCUCAGCGCCUUCGGCUGCAGGCGCUGGCUGGAGCCCCGGGUCCCCGGGCAGAGAAGAAUGUGCCUUACCAGCGCACCCUGAAGGAGGAGGCCCAGGCCCGAGGCCCCAGCCAGCCCCUGCCCAGCACGGCCAGCGUGGUGGUCAUUGGUGGGGGCAGCUUGGGCUGCCAGACCCUGUACCACCUGGCCAAGCUGGGUGUGGCAGGGGCCGUGCUGCUGGAACGGGAGCGACUGACGGCAGGGACCACGUGGCACACAGCAGGCCUGCUGUGGCAGCUGCGGCCCAGUGACGUGGAGGUGGAGCUGCUGGCCCACACAAGGCGCCUGGUGAGCCAAGGGCUGGAGGAGGAGACCGGGCUGCACACGGGCUGGAUCCAGAACGGGGGCCUCUUCAUUGCGUCCAGCCGCCAGCGCCUGGACGAGUACAAGAGGCUCAUGUCGUUGGGCAAGGCCUAUAGCGUGGAGUCCCACGUGCUGAGUCCUUCGGAGACCAAGGCUCUGUACCCGCUCAUGAAGGUGGACGACCUCUACGGGACCCUGUAUGUGCCGCAGGAUGGCACCAUGGACCCUGCUGGCACCUGCUCCACCCUUGCCAGGGCGGCCGUGGCCCGGGGAGCCCAGGUCAUCGAGAACUGCCCAGUGACGGGCAUCCGUGUGCGGACUGAUGAUUUUGGGGUGCGGCGUGUUGCGGCUGUGGAGACAGAUCACGGCUCCAUCCAGACGCCCCGCCUGGUCAACUGUGCAGGCGUGUGGGCAGGCGCUGUGGGCCAGAUGGCUGGAGUCAAGGUGCCCCUGGUGGCCAUGCACCAUGCCUACGUCGUCACGGAGCGCAUCGAGGGGAUCCAGAAUAUGCCCAACGUCCGCGACCAUGAUGCCUCAGUCUACCUGCGCCUGCAAGGGGACGCCCUGUCUGUGGGUGGCUAUGAGGCCAACCCCAUCUUCUGGGAGGAGGUGUCGGACAAGUUCGCCUUCGGCCUCUUUGACCUGGACUGGGAUGUGUUCACCCAGCACAUCGAGGGCGCCAUCAACCGCGUCCCCGUGCUGGAGACCACGGGGAUCAAGUCCACGGUGUGUGGCCCGGAGUCCUUCACGCCUGACCACAAGCCCCUGAUGGGGGAGGCGCCCGAGCUGCGGGGCUUCUUCUUGGGCUGCGGCUUCAACAGUGCCGGGAUGAUGCUGGGUGGCGGCUGCGGACAGGAGCUGGCCCACUGGGUCGUGUACGGGCGCCCGGAGAAGGACAUGUACGGCUAUGACAUCAGACGCUUCCACCCCUCCCUGGCCGCGCACCAGCGCUGGAUCCGCGAGCGCAGUCACGAGUCCUACGCCAAGAACUACUCGGUCAUCUUCCCCCAUGAUGAGCCGCUGGCCGGGCGCAACAUGAGGAGGGGUCCCCUGCACGAGGAGCUCCUGGGACGAGGCUGCGUGUUCCAGGAGCGACACGGCUGGGAGCGGCCUGGAUGGUUCAGCCCACAGGGUCCAGCCCCAGUGAGUGGCCAGCAGCUCGCCUGGAUGCCUCUGCCCUGCUCUCGAGCUAGGCAGGCCGUGGGGGCGGUGGCUGUCAUCGGGAAGGCUGUGCGGCCCAGGCCAGUGCUGGCACCACUCCGAGCCCUUCUGUGCCCCGAGGCUGCGGGGUUCAGUGAGGGGCUCGCUGACCUGGUUGUCAGACCCCGCAAGGCUCUCAGGGGCCACAGUGGCAGUGGAUUGCUGUCCUGGUCUCUUUCCUCCCCGCUGGGACAAAAUAGGAGAGUUUUGUUUUGGCUCAUACUUCAGCCUGUAGUUGGCUGGCUGCAAGGCCCAGGGGCAAGUCAAAGGGGCUCCGCAGAUGAGAGCCACUCAGCGGACUGGAGGGCGGAGCCAGGGAGGGAGGUGAACCCUUCAAGGCCCCGCCCAUCCCACCUCCUCCAGCCAGGCCCCACCCCCUCCAACAGGCCCCGCCCCUCCAUCAGGCCCCGCCCCUGGCGCAAUCGGUUCUAUGUCCCAUGGUCCAGUCACCUCGCCAAAGCCCCAUUUGCGGUCUCACGAGGCUUCGGGGACAUCCAGAUAGAAGUCAUAAGAAGAAUGUCACUGGACUGGGGCAGGAUGCGCUGCGACGUGUUCCUAGGCUGGAAGGCCAGCAGGCCAGAAGGGGUGGGCCGGGUGGAGGGUUGGGAGGGCCCAGCCCUCAGACCCAGGACUUUCCAGAUCCAGAGGGAGUGUCUGUCCUGCCGAGGGGCGGCCGCCGUGUUUGACAUGUCCUACUUUGGGAAGUUCUACCUGCUGGGGCCGGACGCCAGGAAGGCUGCUGACUGGCUCUUCUCUGCUAACGUCAGCAGACCCCCAGGCUCCACAGUGUACACCUGCAUGCUGAACCGCAGGGGCGGCACAGAGAGUGACCUGACGGUCAGCCGCCUGGCCCCGGGGACCCAGGGCUCUGUGGUGGCCCCCGCCUUCGAAGGGGAUGGCUACUACCUGGCUGUGAGCGGGGCCGUGGCCCAGCACAACUGGUGCCACAUCUCCACGGUGCUGCAGGACCAGCGGUUCCGGUGCCAGCUCGUGGACUGCUCCGAGGACCUGGGCCUGAUCAGCAUCCAGGGCCCGGCCAGCCGGGCCAUCUUGCAGGAGGUGCUGGAUGCAGACCUGAGCAACGCUGCCUUCCCCUUCUCCACCCACCGACUGGUGCGGGCCGCCGGGCACCUGGUCCGGGCCCUGAGGCUGUCCUUCGUGGGGGAGCUGGGCUGGGAGCUGCAUGUCCCCCAGGCCUCCUGCCUGCCUGUGUACCGUGCCGUGAUGGCUGCAGGAGCCCAGCACGGUCUUGUCAAUGCUGGGUACCGUGCCAUUGACUCCUUGAGCAUCGAGAAAGGCUACCGGCACUGGCACGCGGACCUGCGGCCGGAUGACAGCCCGCUGGAGGCCGGCCUGGCCUUCACCUGCAAGCUCAAGUCGGCUGAGCCCUUUCUGGGCCGCGAGGCCCUGGAGAAGCAGCAGGCCGCGGGCCUCCGCCGGCGCCUCGUGUGCCUCACCGUGGAGGAGAAGGUGCCCAUGUUUGGCCUGGAGGCCAUCUGGAGGGACGGCCAGGUGGUGGGCCACGUGCGGAGGGCCGACUUCGGGUUCACCGUGGACAAGACCAUCGCCUAUGGCUACAUCCGCGACCCCAGCGGUGGGCCGGUCUCCCUGGACUAUGUGAAGACUGGGGACUAUGCCCUGGAGAGGAUGGGGGUCCCGUACGCUGCCCAGGUCCACCUGAAACCCCUCUUCGAUCCCGAGAACAAGAGGGUGAAGGGGAUCUACUGAGAGCCAAGGCCACUCAGGAGGAACACACCAGACACCCUUGGGCCCUCCCCGUCCUGACCUUGGGCCUGACCUGCUAUUCCCCAAACCAGGAAUGGACAAAGAGCUCGCCGUGGUCUGUCCAGGGGCCACUGACCAGAGUCUGCGUCUAGUUCACCACAAGUUCCCCCAGAAGCAAACCUGUAUGGCCUGGGGCAGAGACCUCACUUUGCGGCCCUGUUAAUGUCUAAGAAAGCACACAGUAAAGCUUGGUAGGCAGAGAAGAGGCUGGAGCUCAGCUGA